AUGGAAAAGAGUGUGGUGAAGUUCAGUCACUGCAACAAGGAUAUAUUUUGUUUCUUCGUCCCGGAGGAAUGUCCCGAGUGUGGACACAGUUUCAGCGGGCAGCGGCUGGAUGAGGCGCCGGUUAGCAUACCCAAUCCUUUCACCAAUGGACACAAAUCUCCGUGCUCCUUCCUGGUCGCUCCGACCGAUGAAAACAAACUGAGAGAAUUUGAUGGUGGAUCAGGAGACCUUCAUACAGGCAUCACCAAUACCAAAGGAGUGGUGUUCAACUACACAAAGACUGGGGUUCGGAGAGACUACCAGGGUUGGGAGAGGUGCCUCAGUGUUCCCCUGGUUCAGCCCGACAUGUACAACCUGCUAGACCAGUGGGACCCUUACCUGGAGAAGUUCUCUGCCACUUCCACCUGGGAUCCCAUCUGGAAAAGUUUCAAUGAGGAGACCCACAACUGCUACAACUACACUCUGAUGUUCAUCAACUGUGUGCUGGCCACGCAGGGCAAGAGGGCCCUCAGCAAGGACGAGUUCACCAAGGGCUUCGUGCUGCCGCGGAUAAAGCGGGCGUCCAAGUACACCAUCCUCUGCAGAGAGAUCUCGGAGAACCACUUCUACAUCAUCGACAGCCCUCCGAAGGAGGCCAUGGAGACAGAUGAAGAAGGUGGAGAUGGUAGCGAUGGGCAUGGCAAGACCUAA